AUGAAAUCUUCUGGCCGUCUAAUCAGCAACCUGCAGCAAUGGCUCAGCGCCCAAAAAUUGAAAUCCGAGACCUGCCCCCUCUGCUUCUCCGAUUUCAUAGAGAUCGAUCUCCGCUGGGCAUGUGUCCAACCCGAAUGUCUACAGAAGAUCUGCAAGGGUUGCUUGAGUGGCUGGUAUGGCAUGAACGCUGCUGGCAAAAUCAUCAAUACCGCCGCUCUGUCAUGUCCGUACUGUCGGGGUGAUCCGAUGGCGACGACGCUCGCCAAAUAUGGCAAGGGUAUUCACGCAGUUGGGAAUCUACAGACUGCGGUGGAGGAAAACAGUGAAUGA